AUGGAUUUUGCUUCUGACCACGGUUUUGCCUUCUCGCUCGACCCACUAGCGUUUGAGGGCCCCAACGACUCCUUUACGGUUCCUCACAGCUUUGGCGGCUACUCCAAAUACUCCAUGGCCAGCUCACAAGCUACCCUCAUAGACAACAGCAACAAUACCAUUAAUAACAACAUGACGCACGGCCAUACCGUCGCCAGGGGCAUCUCUCUGAGCGCCCCACGUCCGAUCAAUAUUCAAACUUCCUACUACGAACCCCCCAGCAAGCGCCAGACGCCUCUGCUGCUGUUUGAUCCCACUGCGUAUGCUCCACUGGCGUCGGUUCCAGGCUCAGUGUCAGGGUCCUUCAGCCAAUCCAUGGGCGGCGGCAAGUUCGCCAGAGAUAACUCUUUGGUCAGUGUUGCCGAGUAUUUUGGUAAAGACUGGAGCAGCCCCUACGAGCUAGACGACGGCCUGGGCCUGGGCUCGGUACCGGGCUCCGUGGCCUAUGUUCCUUCAGAUACUUCCAACGCCCACCUCGGCCAGUCGAUUUCGAGAUCGGCGCUGACUGCGUUCUCGAUGAACGAAAGCGCUCCUUUUGGAGCGUCAUCUUUCGAUAACGCUAGCGUUUUUGGCAGGCCCCAGCUUUCCGCCACCCCAUCAUACCUGGCUUCUUGGAACGAACGAGACGAGAGCUUUUUCGACGACACUCCCGCUAUGUCUGCUGCUGCCUCGGCAAGCCGACCUCAGCUAUUUAACAGAAACAGUUUUCAAGGCGCUUCACGGCUGAUCUCCUCCCAGAAAAGAAGCAAGGAAACUCGGAGCCGUAAAGACUCAGGCAAGGAAUCAUCAGAACAAAGAACCGCUCGAGCUCUUUCGACACCGGGGAACAACAGUGUUCAAAACGGGCAUGUCGAAUGCACUAAUUGCCAUACGAAAACGACGCCUCUUUGGCGAAGAAACCCACAAGGAGAGCCCUUGUGCAACGCCUGUGGCCUUUUCCUCAAACUUCAUGGUACUGUUCGACCUCUAAGUCUCAAAACAGAUGUUAUUAAAAAGAGAGCUCGGUCAGGAGAUAAGGCCAAGAAGAACGCCGAAGGAAAGAAGGGGAACGACAAGAAGAACGACAAAAAGAAAGACGGCGACGACUACAACCCCACGCCGUACGACAAAGACCAGAAAAAGACGCCCACCAAGGCAGCAGCAAAAAGAAAAGAUCCCAAGAGGAAACCGAUCCUGGCGUUGCAGAACGCCCCAGCACAGCCAUCGUUGCUUUCACCGCAUAAAGACAGACACAGUGGGGCUGCGUCGCCCGGUCAGGGGCAGAUGGGAGAUUUCGUGAUGAAGGAGAGUGAUCUUCCACCAAUUCAAGAGAAGCGUGGCCACAACGAGGAGGAGCUUUCUGGGAAGUGGGACUGGCUUAGCAUGACUCUUUAG